CUAAGAAAUAUAUCCGUAAAAUAACAGAAAAAGUACUGGCAGCUCAUUACCUGGACUCUGUCCCGUAAUUUUCAGUUACAUAACCGUGUCAAUGGUGAAAACAACAUAACAUUUUCUGUUAUUUAACGGUGUACCUAGAGUAAAAAAACAUAACAUUUUUAGGUAGGUAAGCAGUUAGAUUAGAUAGUUUUUAUCGUCCAUUGCAGGAAUUUGUAGUCAUAGUCUGUACAGGGCCUCACAAAUACACACCACAUACACAUCACAUACACACACACACACACAUACAGUAAACAUGGACACCUUCCCCCCCAACCACCUCUGGUUUUUAGUUUAUUUUGUUCAUUCGUAACUUACAACAUUGGAUACACCGGUAAUAAACAAUACACGGACGAAACAUUAACGCUUUUUCUUGCCGUUAAAUAAACAAAGCAAACAAAACGGGACUGAAGAGCUUAUCGCACCUCCACGUUUCAACGUCGAUUAUUAUCCAUCAUACGGAGUACUAAUGGAUAUGAACUGAACCGCACCGUGACCUCUGACCGGCAUGCGGCUGAACCGACCCCGCAGCACCUUGCUCGGGUUCGGCCUCCCCCCUGCCCCCCCUCCCCCGUCCCCCCCCUCCUUCUCCAGCCAGUUCAGCACCAUGAGGUUCUCCUACCACCUGAACACCAGCGCCGACGCAGCAGCGCCACCAGCCUGCAGCGCCACCCGCAGGACAGGCCCCUCCUCCUCCUCCAGUCCCAGUUUGCUGACUAAGAGUCUCUCUCUGGAGCCGUCCUGCUCUCCAUGCGGCCACCAGGGGGCGCUGGACGCCGACGCUCCCCAACAGCUGAGCUCCGACCCAGGGCCCAGCUCCUCGUUAUCAGGCCCCGCCUCCCUGGAGGGAGGGGGGGAGCUAACAGAGCGCCGCGGCUCCGCUAACGGGCUACUGCUGGUCAACGACACGGGGCCACCAGCGCUACCAGCGCUGCCGGCUACCACAAUUACACCACCAAGCAAGAGCAGACCGCCUCUGCCCGGACCAAAACCUCAGGUCCCCCCGAAGCCCCCCCACCUCCAGCAGCAGGCGGGGGUGUCGAGGCCACGCCCCCGGGCGCCAGACAAGCCCCUCCCUCCUCCCCCGCCCUGCAGGUCCCUCCCGGCGGACCCCCGUGGGGGCCGGACCCCACCAACCCGCGCCGAUGGCACUGCCUCCCCCACCUGCGUCCUGUCGCUCAUCGAGAAGUUUGAGCGCGAGCAGAUCAUCGUGGUUCCUGACAUCACCGGCGGCGCUCUGUGUCCCCGCCUCCCCGACCCCCCCUCCUCCUCCUCCUCCUCCUCUCGUCCUUCCUCACCCCCGCCAUCCCCGUCGCCGGCCCCUCCCCCGCCCGACGACCAGCCGCCCCCUGAUCACAUCACCCCGGCUGUCGAGGGGGAGGAGGGAGACGCCGACCUGCAAGGUAACCCUGACGACGACGACGACGAUGAGGAUGAAGAGCUGGCUGCGGCCUGUCGAGACGACCUCCGUCAGAAGCGUCUGUCCAUGGAGUCGGGUUACAGCGCCUCGGAGAAACACCUAGAGGACGACGUGGUUGCCGUGGAGAUGAGGGAGCAACAGCCACUGCCGCCGCAAGAGCCGCGACAGCCGCAGCCGGCUCUCGACCAAUCGGAGCUGCCCUCCGAGCGUCUGUCCCUCCCCUCCUCGCAGACUGAGGGGAAGCUGGCCAACCGGGACAGCGGCAUCGACAGCAUCAGCUCGCCGUCGCACAGCGAGGAGCUGUGCUUCGCCGGCGUGGACGAAGGGGGCGUGGCCUACCCCUGCAGCCCCGCCCUCCUGCCCCGCCUUUCCAGCUCGUCCUCGUACGCCGGGGAAGGCGUCGACGCGGAGGAAGGGGACAGCGAGGCGCGGGCAGGGGCACGCCGUAGGAGGGAGUUCUCCGAGGAGGGAGACAGCGACCUGGAAGAGGAGGAGGAGGCAGAGCUGACGCUCGUGCUGCCUCCGCCCAAGACAGACAGACAGGACUCUGCUGAGCUGUCUGUCCAGCAGAGGGUCUUCAACAUCGCCAACGAGCUGCUGCACACAGAGAUCGCCUACGUCUCUAAGCUCCACCUGCUGGACCAGGUUUUCUGUGCCCGGCUCCUGGAGGAGGCCCGCUCUCGCUCCUCCUUCCCGUGUGAUGUCGUUCAGGGAAUCUUCUCCAACAUCUGCUCCAUCUACUGUUUCCAUCAGCAGUUCCUGCUGCCGGCGCUGCAGAAACGGAUGGAGGAGUGGGACUCAAACCCUCGGAUCGGGGACAUCCUGCAGAAGCUGGCUCCUUUCCUGAAGAUGUACGGCGAGUACGUGAAGAACUUUGACCGAGCCAUGGAGCUGGUGAACAUCUGGAUGGAGAGAUCGGCUCAGUUCAAGUCCAUCGUCCAGGAGAUCCAGAGGGAGGAGCGUUGUGGGAACCUGACUCUGCAGCAUCACAUGUUGGAGCCGGUUCAGAGGAUUCCUCGCUACGAGCUGCUGCUCAAAGAUUAUCUUCACCGCCUGCCGGAGGACGCCCCGGACCACCGGGACGCCCAGAAGUCUCUGGAGCUCAUCGCCACGGCAGCAGAACACUCCAACGCUGCCAUCAGGAAGAUGGAGCGGAUGAGGAAGUUGCUGAAGGUGUACGAGUUGUUGGGAGGAGAAGAAGACAUUGUUAACCCGACCAACGAGCUGAUUAAAGAAGGACACAUCCUCAAACUGUCCAACAAGAACGGGACCACGCAGGACAGAUACCUCAUACUGUUCAACGACAGGUUGCUCUACUGCGUCCCGAAGCUGCGUCUGAUUGGUCAGAAGUACGGCGUCCGUGCUCGCAUCGAUGUGGACGGGAUGGAGCUGAAGGAGACCAGCAGUGUUGCAGUUCCCAGGACGUUCUUGGUGUCUGGAAAACAGAGAUCCCUGGAGCUGCAGGCCAGGACGGAAGAGGACAAGAAAGACUGGAUACAGGCCAUCCAGGUGACCAUCCAGAGACACGAGCAGACGCUAGAGGGCUUCAGACAUCUCAACUGUUCCCUACGAGACGACGAGUCCACACCGCCUCACUCUCCGAGCUGCGUGGAGUUGGGGAAGCGAGCUCCGACUCCGAUCCGAGAGAAGGAAGUCACUCUGUGUAUGAAGUGUCAGGAGCCGUUCAACUCCAUCACCAAGAGACGACACCACUGUAAAGCCUGCGGACACGUGGUUUGUGGGAAAUGUUCGGAGUUUCGUGCUCGUCUUUCGUACGACAACAACCGCACCAACCGGGUUUGUGUCGACUGCUACGCCAUGCUGGUGGGGGCGUCGCCCUCGCCCGCCACGCUGAGCACCAGCACCCAGCGGAGGCGCUCCAUCCUGGAGAAACAGGCCUCCCUGGCAGCAGAGCACAGUGUGAUUUGUAGUUUUCUCCACCACAUGGAGAAAGGAGGCGGGCGGGGCUGGCAGAAGGCCUGGUUCGUCAUCCCCGAAAACGAGCCGCUAGUGCUCUACAUCUACGGAGCUCCACAGGACGUAAAGGCGCAGCGCAGCGUGCCUCUGAUUGGCUUCGAGGUCUCCCUUCCCGAGUCAUGUGACCGCCUGGAGCGCCGACACGCCUUCAAGAUCUCCCAGAGUCACCUGACGCUGUACUUCAGCGCCGACGGGGAGGAGCUGCAGCGGCGGUGGAUGGACGUCCUGCUGAGGGCCGGCAGGGGGGAGGAGCCUCCGGUCUACCGGCCAAUCGUGGAGCGGCUAGAGGAGGAGACGGAGGAGCUGACGGCCGCGGCGGAGGGAGAAAACACGUGAUUCUGUCGGACAAGAAAGGAUGGCUAGAAUGAAGACCGGUCGCUAAUGGAAACCGUUACAAAACAUGUUCAUACACACAUACGUAGCUGAUACAACACACACACACACACACACACACACACACACACACACACACACACACACUGCAUGAUUCCUCCUCCCCGUCAGACACAAGAUGGCGUCUCUCUCUGUUGGUUUUUUUCCCACCUGUGCCGGACAAUAUUUCUGGGGUUCCCGGGACCGAGCGCUCCUCUUGCGUGCGCCGGUUAUUGUUUACAGUCCGAGUCCAUACUUUCUUCUGUGUUCUAGGUCCAGACGACAUUAAUUUUAACUUUGAACAGUUAUCUGCAAAUGAAUGCAGUCCAUUU